GUACAUUAGUUGUUUGGGUAUAGCAGCAGUAGCUUAGUUUCAAAGAUGGAAAAGCAAAAGGCUUCUUUCAUGGUAGCUCUUCUAGUCAUCCUACUUUGUUCAUCAUCUUCUUUAACAUCAUGUUCAAACACAGAAGAAGUUGAAAGUAUGGUUGAGCUUGAGCUAGGCACCACCGCAACCACUCUUACUACCACCACCGUCUCAGACAUUCGACAGGUCGAUGCCUGCAGGACUAAGAAGUGCAACAUAACAUGCGACACCAAUGCUCAGUGCCAAACCAAAAAUUGUCCGAGUAGUUGUCCCUCCUGCAACAAAGUUGGCUUCCCCAAUGAACAGAAAAGAUGUGGCCCUCGACCAAACGAUGUUGGACUCCUUGAAUUACCUGUAACUCGUCAAGAGAAUGCUUUGGUAAUAUAGGUUGCGCCUAGCUAGAGAACUAAUAAGGUUACAUUGGAAACCUUGACCGACUUCUUGGAGUGUUUGUGGUGUUGUUUUUAAGGUGUAGUAGUAAGUACUAUACGUUGUAUUUGAUUUGUGGCAUUAAAUUAAAGAAGUGUUAAUUAAAUCUCUACCAGCACGUUUGGUUCACAGUAAAACAUAGAAUAUAGAACAUUUCUAAGAAUAGACACAUGUUAUUUGAUAAGUAAUGUUCACUCACUCAAACAUAGUAACUUUUUUCGGACGAAAAUAAUAUGCUCCUAAAAUUAUAGUAAUGCACUUAUAUUUUUCCAACUUUUAUUACAUAUAAUAAUAUAAUAAUAUAUGAAUGUGAAGUCGCUGCAUAUUCUUCUGAUCUGAUCGAAAGUUGAAAAUGUUUCAUUCUCUUUCUCUUGUUAUUAUUGUUUUCUUUUGGCAUACGUAUUUGACCAACAUAGGACCCAACGUUGUACCUAUAAAUAUCAAGAGCCAUGAGUUAUGAGAAACCAAUUUGUAGUUGUUUACAGAUCAUCAGAUCAGAGAUGGAAAAGAAAAGGGCUCCAUUCAUGCUAGCAUUUCUAGCCAUCUUGCUGUGUUCUUCAUCUUCUUCAAUACUAUGCUCAAACAUCGAAGCUGAAGACAUGGCUGAGCUUGAGCUUGGCAACGCCGCCGCCGCCACCACCUCCUCCGACGCGCCGCCGCUGAUCAACUCCUGCAAUCAGGUAUGCAUAACAAAUGCUGAUUGUAAAGAUAUUGAGUGUCCAUCUUGUAACCACAAUCCAGCCUCAAAUAAAAAAGAAUGUGGCCCCAUUGGGCGUAUCAAGCUAUGGGCAACACACGAUGAAGAGAAUAUUCGGGUAUAUCAAUGAAUGAAAUUCACAACAUAAUCAAGAAAGUUAUACCUGAAAUAUCAAAUUUAUGAUUAUCAAGACAACUGUCCAGAUCAACUAAUUCUGCUGGAGUUGGCCUUAUAAUAUAAUAUGUUUUUAAUUAUAUAGUCUCAUUAUGUUAUGGUAUAUCUUGGUAGCUAGGUAUAUAUUCUUUGUAGCUAGCUAUUUCGCCAUCCCAAUUUAUGUAUCUAAUUUGAUUAAUGAGACUUGGUUCGAGUUAUUUAUAA